AUGGUUGGCAAUCUACAAGACCCAGAUCGACUGGUUAGCCAGAUCAGUGAGACGCCGAAGCAAGUUCGACUACAUCCACUUCACCGGCGGUACACAGACGAGGAGUCCGACGUGGACGAGCAGUGGCUCCCGCGUAAUGACGACGCGGAUGAGCAGUGGCUUCCGCGCGAAGACGACGCAGUCGAACAGAGGUUCCCGCACGAGAGAGCAGUGGUCGAACACGAACAGGUGUUCCCACCUGCACCCAUUGUGGUCAAGCAGAGGCUCCCACAAAUGCAAGAUGUGACCGAGCAGGGGCUCGCCACCGAGUGUGACGUGGAUGGACAAGAGUCCCCACGUGCGAACACGAUGGUAAUACAGAUGUUCCCAUCAUCGCCCACUGUGGUAGAACAGAGGUUCCCACAUGAGCAAGACGUGGUCGAGCAGGUUCUCCCACACGAGUUUGUGGCGGUCGAGCAGGGGCUCCCGCAUCAUGCGUUGACGGACAAGUAUGGACUACUCCCGUCACGCGAUUUCGACGUCCUGGAUUAG